AUGGAAACUAACUUAGGUGAUGAAAAAUUUUCCGGACCAUCCUAUGCUGCUAGUGCUGACCUGCCUCAAAGAACAGAGCCUGUCAGUAUGGAAGAUAUCAAAGAAGAUCUCUCUGAUGAAUUUUCUUUGACUUCUUCAAGCUCAGACACAAGCCUGAAGAACAGAUUGGGGUCCAAGGGACACAUCCAAGUUUGCCUGCGUAUUAGGCCAUUUACGUCGUUGGAAAGAGAAAAUGAAUCGCAGGAGUGUGUUUCCCUUGAAAACUUGACAAGGAUCAUACUGAGGCCCCCCAAAAUCACUUUGAGUCAACUAAGUGAAAAACUUGCUGGACAGAUGAUACAGAAGUUCACUUUUUCACAAGUGUUUGGACCUGAAACAACUCAAGAAGAAUUCUUUGAAGGUACCAUGAAGCAACCAGUGCAAGAAUUCUUAGAUGGAUGUGAUCGUCUUAUUUUUACAUACGGUGUUACAAAUGCUGGGAAAACGUACACUUUCCAAGGGACAGAAGAUGACAUUGGUAUUCUGCCAAGGAGUAUGGAUAUGCUGUUUAAAAGUAUUCAAGGAAAGCUAUACACAGCAAUGGAUCUGAAACCUUAUCGGUGCAGAGAUUAUAUAAAGCUGACUAAAGACCAAGUGAGGGAAGAAAGUGCUAUUAAAAAUUCAAUACUUCGCCUAAAAAAAGAGGUAGACUGUAAUAUCUGUUUUCACUUAUUAAUUUUUUAAAAUGAAAUUCACUUUUCUAGGUCUAUGUUGACUUGUAAUAUUUUGUACUUGGCAGAUGUGAAAGAACUCUUAAAGGACUCAGAACAAUCUAGCACAAGUGUGGAAAAUUGUGUGAAGUUUUCUGUUUGGGUUUCAUUUUUUGAGAUUUACAAUGACUGCUUUUAUGAUCUACUGGUUCCUAUAUCGAAUGACAAGAAAAGUAAAACACUGCGCCUUGCUCAAGACAUCAGGGGAUGUACUUAUCUAAAAGAUCUGCAGUGGGUUCAGACUUCUAAUUCUAAAGAAGCUUUUAGACUUCUAAAACUGGGAUUGAAACGCCAGAGUGUUGCAAGCACAAAACUAAAUACUUACUCCAACAGAAGUCACAGAAUCUUCACAGUUAAGAUACUAAAAAUUGAAGAUUCAGGAGUACCACGAGUGACUCGAGUCAAUGAAUUGUCAAUGUGUGAUCUUGCUGGUUCAGAAAGAAGUGCCAAGACUCACAAUGAAGGUGAAAGAUUGAAAGAGAGUGGAAAUAUAAACACUUCUCUCCUGAUCUUAGGCAAGUGUAUUAACGCACUCAAGAAAAGUCAGCAGUCAAAGGUGCAGCAGCACAUACCCUUUCGAGAAAGUAAGUUAACUCAUUACCUUCAAGGAUUCUUCAGUGGAAGAGGGAAGGUACACAUGAUAGUAAACAUAAGCCAAUGUGCCUCAACAUAUGAUGAAACACUCAAUGUGCUAAAGUUCUCUGCCAUUGCCCAAAAAGUUUUAAUUAUGGAUGCAACUAUUCCUCCCCAAGAUCAGUCAUCUGUCCAGAAAUCAGCAAAAGAAUCAUCACUACUUAGCAACACCCAGAUGCCAAUCCCAAGGAGAACAGGUUCUAACCUAUGGUACAGGAGCUUAGAAGAUGUGAUUGAAGAUGAGACGGAAGAACAGCAUGAUAUCUCAAGAGAAGAAGCAGUGCAGGAACAGGAAGAAAAUCAUGUUCUUCUUACAGAAUCAGGAUAUCUGAGGCUGCUGAGUGUCAUAGAAGAGUUGAAGAACAGACUUAUUAAUCAAAAGAUGACUAAGUUGCAGAUGGAACUAAAAAUUCGUGGAGAAGUGACACAAGAAUUUAUCCAAUACUACUUUUCUCAGAAACAAGAGAGGUUGGAAGAAAAUUCAGAAAGACGCCUGGAAGUCUUCAAGGAGCCCGUAAAUAGUUAUGCUGAAGAUGCAGAUGAAGACAAUAGAUUAAAGGAUCAGCCUUGCAGUGAACAAGCUCAAUCUCUGAAUAAAGACUACAGUAGAGGGCUAGGCACUUGUGUUGAUCUUGAGGGCAUUAUUGAUUCUGUGCAGAAUGUCAUUGAAAUCAAAAAGCAGGCAGAAGCAGCACACAGAAAUAUGUCAUCGGAGGACCAAUGGGAAGCUAUAAUUCACCUUGAAAAACACCUGGGAAAAACUACCACUGAACUAACUAAGACCAAAGAAGAGCUCACAAAGAAAACCAAUGACCUAAUCAGAACUGAAGAAGAGCUGGCACAGAAAACCAAAGACUUUGACAUGCAGAAGAUUAAAUUGGAUGAGUCUGCUGAGCAGCUUAGAGAAGCAACUGAGAAUAAAAGAAUUCAAGAACUAAUGGACACUGUGAAGCAAAAAGAUUAUGUUAUUAUGAGACUACAGGAUUUGACAGCCCAUUUAGAAGAAACUGGAAAAGACUGUGACAAUACUGAAACUACCACUAAAAGAAAAUUUGCGAAAAAGAACCCUAACAAACUGAUUGAAAGCAGCCAAUUCAAGGAAACUGUUUUGAAAGGGAGAAAAAAGCGUUGCUUUGAAAAUAAGUCUACUGAGGAAGAAGUUCCACUUAAAAAAG